AUGUGGCUCCAACAUGCUCAAGGAAAAGCCCUCGCGGCCAGCAUUACGUUUGCUUGCGGAAUUGGUUUUGCUUCCUUCGGAUUUGGGCAGGGUGUAUUCGGUGCAUUCCUCGGCAACGAAUCCUUCAUCAAGACAUUCAACAACCCAAACCCCACGCUUCAAGGCCACAUCACUGCCACAUACGAUCUCGGAUGCUUUUUUGGUGCCAUCUUCACCAUGAUAUGGGGCGGAAAGCUCGGCAGUCGCAAGACUAUCCUCCUGGGCUGCACCGUGUUGAUCAUCGGGGCUGUUCUGCAAGCAGCCUCGUAUCAUGUCGCCCAGAUGAUCAUCGGAAGGCUUGUGGGCGGAGUCGGGAACGGCAUGAACACAGCGGCCAUCCCGGUAUGGCAAUCAGAGACAGCGGCUGCCCAUCAGAGAGGCCGCAUCAUGGUGCUUCAACUGGCCCUGAACCAAGUCGGCAACGUCACUGCGAACUGGCUCAAUUACGGAAUGACGUUCAUUGCCUCCAACAGCGUUUCUUGGAGGUUUCCUAUCGCCUUCCAAUGCUUCUUUGCUUUCUUGACAAUGGUACUCAUACCUUGGUUACCCGACUCACCUCGUUGGCUUGCUAUGCAGGACCGAACCGAAGAAGCGCUGCAAGUCAUUCGAAGGCUCGGAGGAACGAACCGAACCGAAGAACAGAACCUCGAGCUGCUCAACCGGAUUCGAGAGAACGUCGCCCAUGAGAUGUCUGUGGGAAAGGUCAACUUCAAGAGCUUUUUCAAGAGGGACAGCCUCCACACCACUCGUCGAGUUCUCUUAGGUGCCGGGACGCAGUUCAUGCAACAAUGGAGCGGUGUCAACGCCAUUGUCUACUAUCUUCCGGUCGUCUUCGCAUCCCUGGGACUGAGUCGGAAUCUCCCACUAUUCAUUGAGAACUUCGGCCGGAAGCAGCUGAUGUUCUGGGGGGCAAUCGCACAAUCUUUCUGCUUUUGUCUCGUCACUAUCGGUCUUGGUAUCGGCGGCAAGCAAUGGGAGUCUGUAGCAGUGGCUUUUAUUUUCGGUUACUUUACUGCGUUCGGAAGCAGCUGGAUAGCUAUUCCCUGGAUGUAUCCAGCCGAGAUCAACACUCAACGCAUGCGUAUCGCCGGCGCGGGCAUAUCGACCGCAACGAACUGGAUAAACAACUAUGUGGUAGUUUUGAUCACCCCGGUUGGAAUUUCCAACCUAGGCUGGAAGUUCUACUUGAUGUUCGCCGUUUUCAACGCGGCUUUCGUUCCGGUUGUUCAACUGUUUUAUGUCGAGACAGCACGGAUGAGCCUCGAGCAGAUUGAUCAGAUCUUCGAGAAGAAGACUGUGGGAAGCGACGGAAGCCUCGGCAGAGAGGGCUCAGAGCGCGUCGCCAGUCAGGAAGACGAGGAGAAGGAGCCCAGGGCUUCACACGUCAGCGUCCGCGAGAAUCCUGAACCUUGA